AUGAAUAAUAUCAAGCUAACAGAUAAAUUAAUCAAUGGAAAAAAUGUAUUGAAAAUUAAUCUUAAUAACUUUCAACAAUACAUAGUUUUAGUUUAUAAUCAUUUGAAAGAUAAAGAAAAUGAACAACACACAAAUAUCACAUUAAUUGGAAAUAUUAAUCAAAAUAAUAAUGAGAUUGUAAUACCAGAUACUGUCGAUACUCAAUAUCAGUUAAUAAUAAUGCAUUCUUACCGAGUAGAUUUUAAAUCGAUAUGUGUCGAGCUAUUAAACAAAUCACAAUCAUACACAAUCAAUUUUGAAAACAAUCUAUUCAAAAAAAACCUUGACUAUUUCAAACAAUCUCAUAUCAUUAAUAACAAACGAUAUCAUUCAAUAUCAAGAUUUCCAAACAGUAAUGCUAUCAAUGAUGUAUAUUUAGUGUGUGGUACUGAUGAUCAUAUAUUGAUAAAUUUUAAAGAUAAUCAAAAAUCUUAUGAAAGAGCUGAGAAUGAAAUCAAAGCAAUGAAAUUACUCAAAGGUAAUUGGAGAAGAUUUGUUCAACUUGUUGACUAUCAUCAUGAUAAAUACAAUCAAAUCUUUCAUAUCAUCACUGGAUAUUGUGGUGGUGGUGAUCUUUCCCAAAAGUAUAAACAUUUAACUGAUAUAAAUCAAAUCUUUCCAGAAUCAGAUAUCGGUAAUUAUAUUUCACAACUUUUCAAUAUUCUUUUGGAUCUUGAUAAACAAAGGAAUGUUCAUUGUGACAUUAAACCAUCAAAUAUAUUCAUUAAUGAAUCUGAUGCUUAUGGUACUUUGAUUCUUGGUGAUUUUGGAUGUUGUGAAUUCAUUGGUGAAUCAACAAUCAUUGAAUAUCCAGAUACAAAAGACCACAUUCUUGAACCACUUAUUGUGAUAUCAAGUGAUUCCAAUCGAAAUUGUAUUUAUAUCGAACUAUCAGAAUCAAGUAUUUGUAAAAUGUACCCAAACACACUCAUAAAUGCAACACGUGGAACAAUUGGUUAUAUUUCACCAGAAGCAAUGAACAGACAAUAUGCACAAUCAUGUGACAUCUUUUCAAUUGGAUCAACAAUUCUCAAAUUAUUAUGUUGUCAUCAAGAUGAUCGAAAUAAUCAUCAACUAUUCCAAACCAAACGUGAAAUUAAGAUUUCAGAAUUCAGAUAUUCAAAACAAUUGAUUGAAUUUAUUCAUCGAUUGUUGGAUCAGAGUCCAAAGAAUAGAGAAUCAUUGAAUCAAUUAUUAAACCAAUAUAUUGAAACUGUAACCAAUAAUCAGAUAAUUACAUUCAAUUUAAAUACUCCAUUUCAUAAUACCUCCGUCAAUGUCACUGAGAUCAAUUUUGGAAAUGAUUUCAAUCAAAUAUUAUCAGUUGGUGUGUUACCUAAAUCACUGAAAUCAUUGGUGUUUGGAUAUUCAUUCAAUCAAAUAUUAUCAGUAGUUGGUGUAUUACCUGAAUCACUUGAAUCAUUGGAGUUUAGAGAUGAAUUUAAUCAAAUAUUAUCAGUUGGUGUGUUACCUGAAUCACUUGAAUCAUUGGUGUUUGGAGAUAGAUUCAAUCAAAUAUUAUCAGUUGGUGUGUUACCUGAAUCACUUGAAUCAUUGGUGUUUGGAGAUAGAUUCAAUCAAAAGUUAUCAAUUGUUGGUGUGUUACCUGAAUCACUUGAAUCAUUGGUGUUUGGAAAUAGAUUCAAUCAAAUAUUAUCAGUCGGUGUUUUACCUAAAUCACUUGAAUUAUUAUCAUUUGGAAAUAGAUUCAAUCAAAUAUUAUCAGUCGAUGUCUUACCUGAAUCACUGAAAUCAUUGGUGUUUGGAGAUGGAUUCAAUCAAAAAUUAUCAGUCGAUGUCUUACCUGAAUCACUGAAAUCUUUAUCAAUGACGAACCACAUCGAUAGAAAAGAUCUACCACAACAUAUUGAAAACCUAUUUAUUGGAGGACAAAGAAUAGAUAUUGACUCAUUCUAA